AUGGCAUCCAGAGGCAAUGUUGAGAACCCCCAAGUAAAUCCCUCCGGCCUCUAUACUACUGUGGUUCCAUCUUUGGCAGGACGCAUGAUGAAAACCUUCAUUCUCUUUGUGCUUGUGGCUUGUGUUUAUCAGCAUGUAUCUGCAGCUGAUGUUCGGUUUGCAGGAAAGGCGCUGAGAUUUCAAACCCAAACCUCCACCAGUUACGUCAGGCUGUAUCCGUCGAACUGUCCCAACUUGUCUGCCUUUACUCUCUGCUUUAGGGCAGCUUCUGAAGCAUCCCACAGUUACACGCUGUUCUCCUAUGCAACGUCAAAUCACAACAACGAGCUGUUGAUCUGGAAAGGGAAGAAAGGAAGGCUGUGCCUUUAUCUCGGCAAUAUUGUAGUUGGGUUCUCCCUCCCAGAAAUGAAUGCACUGCUGAGACAUAUCUGUGUGACCUGUGAGUCUGCAGGGGGACUGGCAACAUUCUGGGUGGAUGGAGAACGAAGUAUACGGAAAGUUGUUAAAAGGGGGGGAAUUGUGCAUGGUGGAGGUGCAAUUAUACUGGGUCAGGAUCAGGACCGUGUUGGUGGAGGGUUUGACUGGAGUCAGAGUUUUGUUGGGGAGAUAACAGAUGUUAAUAUGUGGGACCAUGUUUUAACUGCCAGUGAGAUCACGUCCGUAAGUCAGGGUUGUCAUUGUCCUGGGGGGAACAUUAUCGACUGGGCAACAAUACGGUAUACUACAAGUGGAAAAGUGAAUAUUCAAGACAACAAUGACUGCACAGUUUAA